UUUUUAUCGAUAGAUCUUGGUACAAACAUCCCUACGGCAACUGCCCUCCCUAUAUCGAUCAGCACCGACAAAGCCUAAUUUUGCCUGUUUGCUCAAUACUGUCCAUGACCAAACGCCUCAAGAGCCACCAUUUAACAAGCCAAAACAAACCUAAACUUUAACAUUUUAGGUCGAUUUUAGAUUAUCAGAGCUUUAAGGUGAAGCCUAUUGGGGAUUGAAUUUAAUUUCUUCCCAUCACGUCAGAGCAUGCGAUAUUGUAUUUUACGCAGCUGAAAAUAGAUGUCAUUCCGUGUACUGCAUAUUAAGUGUGGUUUUCACUGGCCGCAGGAAGAACGGUUUCAGAAAAAUGUGUGUUUUACUAUGAUACCUGAGUCCUUAGGCUCGGAGAGACGGUCUGAGCUGGAUUGUGGGAUGGUGUGGGCAUAGUGGGAAAGUGGGCAGUGGGAUUCAGAAUGUGGGACUGUGGUUUCGCGAUAUGGUUGUUCCUGGCGCUGGUGGGCGCUCAGAAGCCGAACCUCGACGCCAUCUUGAACCGACGCACGGACGUCUACAUCGCCGGGUUCUUCCCUUUUGGCAAGGGAGUCGAGAACUCGCACACUGGGCGAGGUGUGAUGCCGAGUGUGAAGCUGGCCUUGGACCACGUGAACGAACAUGACAGUGUGCUGCGGAACUACCGGCUGCAUAUGUGGUGGAACGACACUGAGUGCAACGCAGCGGUGGGAGUUAAGUCCUUCUUCGACAUGAUGCACUCGGGCCCUCAUAAGCUGAUGCUGUUCGGUGCCGCCUGUACCCACGUCACGGACCCCAUAGCCAAGGCUUCCAAGCACUGGCAUCUUACGCAGCUCUCCUACGCAGACACUCACCCCAUGUUCACGAGAGAAGCCUUCCCCAACUUUUUCCGCAUCGUACCCUCCGAGAAUGCCUUCAACAUGCCCCGCAUCAGACUACUCCAGCACUUUAACUGGACGAGGGUCGGGACUAUCUACCAGAAUGAACCGAGAUAUGCACUGGCACACAACGACCUAAUCUCCGACCUGGACAACCACGAGAUAGAGAUCCUGGAGCAGCAGAGCUUCGCGUCAGAAGUCAAGUCCGCGCUCGCCAAGCUCAAGGAGAAGGACAUAAGGAUCAUUUUAGGGAACUUCAACGAGACCUGGGCUAUGGAGAUUUUUUGUGAAGCUUACAAACUCGAGAUGUACGGACGUGCGUACACCUGGCUUCUCCUCGGCACCUACACCCCAAAAUGGUGGAAGCGCCACGCUCCCUGCUCCAAGCGGGACCUCACCACAGCACUGGACACUGCCAUCCUCACGGAUCUCCUGCCACUGUCCACUACUGGGCAGAUGACUGUCUCCGGCAUUAGCCCUAAAGAGUACCAAGUCGAAUACGACAGGAGAAGAGGCGCUGAAUAUUCCAGAUUCCAUGGCUACACUUAUGAUGGAAUUUGGGCCAUGGCGCUGGCUAUCCAGACGGUGGCACAGCGGGUGAAGCUCCGAUAUAAAGAGAAGACAGUCUUGGACUUCAGGUAUCGGGAUAAGGAAUGGGAGCAGUUAUUCCUGGACGCUCUUAGCAACGUCACAUUUGAGGGGGUCACGGGCCCAGUCCGCUUCCACAACAAUGAGCGGAAAGCCUCCAUUCUGCUGAAACAGUUCCAAGGUGAUGAAUUUGGGGAAGUGAAAAUAGGGGAGUACUGUGCGGAGCGAGAUCAUCUUGAUCUUACCAAUGGACAGAUGUUCAAAUGGUUCGGGAAGAACCCUCCAAAAGAUCGCACGCUGCUCCUCAUCGAGCACACCCAGGUCAACAUCACCAUCUACUCAUUCCUGGUCUCCUGUUCCGUCAUCGGUAUUAUCCUCGCCAUCGGUUUCCUGGCCAUGAACAUACAUUACAGGGAUCAGAGGUACAUCAAGAUGUCCUCACCGCACCUCAACAACCUCAUCAUCAUCGGCUGCAUGUUGACUUAUCUAAGCGUCAUCUUCCUCGGCCUCGACUCCAGCCUCAGCAGCAUAGGUCUUUCUCAGGAACCCCAGCGUGGAGCCGCGUUCCCCUACAUCUGCACGGCGCGAGCAUGGUUACUUAUGGCCGGUUUCAGCUUGGCCUUCGGCGCCAUGUUCUCCAAGACUUGGAGAGUGCACUCCAUCUUCACGGACGUCAAGCUCAAUAAAAAGGUGAUCAAGGACUAUCAGCUGUUCAUGGUGGUGGGCGUGCUGCUCUGCGUGGACUUCGCCAUCAUGAUCACCUGGCAGGUCUCCGACCCCUUCUACCGUGCCACCAAGCGGAUGGAUCCUGUGCCACACCCGACGAGCGAGGACAUUGAAAUUGUUCAAGAGAAUGAAUACUGUCAGUCAGAGCAGAUGAACAUCUUCAUAGGAAUCAUCUAUGCUUACAAGGGACUUCUGUUGGUGUUCGGCGCUUUUCUGGCUUGGGAAACGCGGCACGUGUCCAUCCCAGCACUCAACGACUCUAAACACAUCGGUUUGUCCGUCUACAACGUGCUGAUCGUGUGCAUUACUGGAGCUCCGCUCGCUUUGGUAUUGGCAGACCACAAAGACGCUCUAUUUGUUCUCAUCGCUAUAUUCAUUAUUUUCUGCACAACGGCAACCCUAUGCCUCGUUUUUGUUCCUAAGCUAUUAGAGCUCCGUCGUAACGGCCAGCCCGGUACGGCACAGUCCCGGAUCCGUGCCACGCUCCGUCCGGCGUCCACGCACGAGUGUCGGAGUCCGGGACCGGAACUGGAACGGAAACUGAAGGAGCUCCGACAAUACAACAAUCGGUACCGGAGGACGUUGCAGGCUAAAGAAAACGAACUACAGAUGUUACUUAGCAAGUUGGGCAGCGAUGCUGGCUCCGAAUCAUCCACAACCAAGGACUCUAGAUCCCCAGCGGCAAUGACAACCAAGCUCCCACUGCCAAAGGAAAAUAUUAGCCAUCCAGAAACGAGUGAUAUAACAUCGGUAUGCAGCCUCAGCGCAUCAGCAGGCGCAGAGGCUGAAUACAUCAAUCUACAGAAUCAAGUGAACGAAAAAACAAAAGCAUCAGCUCCUCCAGAGCCAGUCAAAGAAAUCCUCAAAGAAACCCCUAAAGAGCCAAAGAAGGAGCCAACCAAGAAUGUCUCCUUCAAGAACCACCUGGACUACACCAGCCCACCGUCGUCCAAGGCUGUCCCUGAGAAGGAUCAGCUCGCCAAGCUGCCUUAUGGGUGGACGGCUGAGGUGAGAAUGGAACCCUCCGAACCCGCCCCUAAGUCCUCACUCAAGCAAGAACCAGUGCGUGCUGAGGCCAAGACGGUUCCAGCCCUUAAGCCAAGUGAUACCCCUACUGCCAAGUCCGUGCCGGCUAAGGUGCAAGAGCCUAUGUAUACAAAGGCUGCUACACCAAAGAUUAAUAAGACACCAGAACUUCAGAAGAAGCAAAUGAAAACCCCCGAGCCCAAAACACCUCCUCGAGACAUGAAGCCGAGGGGCCACCGACGCAUGUCCAGUGUCAGUGGAGCCCUGCUUACGGACAUCAUGCACGUGUCUGUGGACCAGGAUGAUCUAGAACCGCCGCCUGGCAUGGAGAGAAAGGUCAUAGGGCAAGAAAGAGACCCACCAGUGCCUCCUAAACCUAAACAAGAACCUGAAGACAUACUAGAUAUAGACGCAGACUACUCCACAGCAGAACGAAAGAAAGCUUGUCAAAGAAGAGACUCUGAAAGGAGAAAGAAAGAGUUCAUAGUAGUGCAGAGCGACCUGUGGGACACGAACACCUUUCAAUACACGUGUCAAAAGUCACCACCAGGAAAGACUGAAACCGGCCACCAUCACUCUCCGAUGCAGAGAAGUGUGUCAGAGAAGAGCCGACAGCAGUCUUCACCUCAUCAUCAUAGGGAGGUUGAUAGCAGGAAUUUGGAAAGAAGAGCUUCCAAUGCUUCCAUAAAUUAUGGUACCACGAGAGGCGGAACACCUGAAGGGUACCGAGAAGCGGAGACUCUUCGAAUGACUGACCGGCUAGCGAAGCGCCGAGGGUCAGAAUUCCCGCAACCAGUGAGCACGCCCCCGCUUCAGAGCCAGAGUAAACGAAGGCAGUCUUCAGCUCAAGUAAAAAGUUAUCAAGAAGAAAAGCAAGAUAGGCCAGAAAAGUCUGAAACACCUCGAAGACACGACGAUAUACCUAGAAAACCUCUCCCUGAACAUCAGGAGAACGACUGGAGACCAGACCCAGACACGAUACGAGUUACAAAGUCGCAAGACUCCCCAGCGAAGAGACUACGGCACGAGGCAGAACCCCUAAAACGGGCGAAAGGGGUUGGAGAUUCGCCGAGGUUGACGCAGGCGCACACGCCGAGGCCAGACCAUCAUAAGAGCAGCCCUAACGUCGCGUCUAGGCAUAAAUCAGGUUCACCAAACAAACGCGAAGAGCGCAAAUCCGCAACGUACGGCCGCAGCGACUCCAAACGCCAGGACUCCGUUGACCAACGAAAGAUGUACACAGCAAGCUCAGAGUCCGAACUUUUCGAGUGCGCAAUCUUACCCAUUUUCCACAAACUACUCACAGAGCGGCACAAGAGUCAACCCCAUAGUCUCAACCUCACCUAUGGCGUCAGCUGCCCUAACAUCUCGAUAAAAUGCGACAUAGUUGAAUAUUUGUAAGUAGCCGUUUUAGGUUUAGGACAGGAACAAUAUUGUAUCUGCGUUGAAUUCGAUUUCAAUGUUAACAACUUUAAAACUGUUCAUAUCUCAAAUGUCAAUUGUAAUAGAGACAAGACUCAUAAUAAUUUCCCAGAAGAAUAGUUGACAAAAUAAUAAUUUAUUCUGAUUGGGUUUUGAUGCGGAUUUGCGGAACCCUAACCCCUGACACUGACACAAUUUUGACAGUUCAGUAGUGUUGCCACAUUGACAAAGAUUAGUAGGAAUAGUAGAACAGGCGUAGGUAUUUUCUAAAUAUUUAAGUCGGU